AAGAGACACAAGAAGAGGAUGCAGAGCCAAGAGAAACAAUGAAUAACGACAAUGUACAUGAUGGAUUAGACCGAAAAGAUGAGGAGGAUUGUCGAAGGGUGUCAGAGGAGAGCAAGGGAGGAAGUGAUGAUGAAGAACAAGAAGAGGAGGCAGAGCCCCAGAGUGGUUGUUGUGUACAAGAAAUGACGAAUAAUCACAAUGCACAUGGAUUAUUAGACCAAAGAGAUGAAGAGGAUGGUAAACAGGUUCCUGAGGAGAAUGAAGGCGAAAGUGAGGAUGAAGAACAAAUGCAGUCAGUAGAAAAGGAGGUGCCAGGAAAUUCAACUGUCGUGCCUGAGUCUGAUGAGUUAGAUACGGGGUCUCCACUAGUGAGGAAGAAGCGUUUCAAACAGAAGAGUAAAAGGAUAAAACAGCCUCAAAAUGUAGCUUCCUUAAGGACAGUACCCUCUCCAUCAAGGGAAUCAUCAUCUCGUCAAACAAGGUCUGCAGAGGAGCAUGCUAAAAACCAAAAUGGGAAAGCUAAAACCUUUUCCAAGAAGGAAAGAGAAAAUCAGGAGUCUGCAAGAAACUUAGUACUUCCUAAUGUGAAGGGUAAGAGAUCAAAAUGGACAGAUGAAGAGAUAAAAAUGUUGAAGGAGGGAGUGAGAGUUUGUGGAACAUCAAACGGAAAGAUGCAGUGGAAGAAAAUUUUGGAAUAUGGUCAUAAAGUGUUUCACAAAACCCGUGAACCAGUUGAUCUUAAAGAUAAAUGGAGGAGGAGCUUGGGGAAAGAAAAUAAAGACAACGCACAUGAUGGAUUCGACCAAAGAGAUGAGGAGGAUGGUAUAAGGCUGUCUGAGGAGAAUGAGGGCGAAAGUGAGGAUAAAGAACAGAUACGAUCAGUAGAAAAGGAGGCGCCUGGAAAGUCCACUGUUGAUUCAAAAUCUGAAAAGUUAGAUACUGGGUCUCCUCUGGUGCGAAGCAAGCAACUCAAACAAAAAGCUAAAACGAAAGAACAGCCUCCAAAUGCUAAAACCUUUUCCAAGAGGGAAAGAGAAAUUCAGGAGUCUUCAAGAAACUUGGUACUUCCUAAUGGGAAGCGGAAGAGAUUAGAUUGGACAGAUGAAGAGUUAAAAAUGUUAAAGGAGGGAGUGAGACUUUAUGGAACAUCAAAUGGAAAGAUGCAGUGGAAGGAAAUUUUGGAAUAUGGUCAUAAUGUGUUUCAUGUAACCCGUCAACCAGUUGAUCUUAAGGAUAAAUGGAGGAGGUACUUUUGCGAAAAAGCUAGAAAAAGGUGAACAUCACUUUGGACUCGCAUAAAACAGGUAAUGGCAAUGUUGGUCAAGAAUGUGCUAUAUGUGUGCAUUAGAACGGUUGAUGAGUGGGAUGGAAUCGACCAAUUUGUACGUCAAAGAUAAUUUAUGUGGUCGGCAUUUCACUUCAACCCGGUGUUAACAAAAGCACGGCAUUAAACCCGAAAGAAAAUUCAACCUCAAGGUUCAAAACGCAAGUAUUGUUAUGAAGCUGCCGAAACUUGUCAGCCAAGGAGCUUCAGCCAUCGAGGAUUUCCUUUCGUAGAUCACAUUAGGACCUUUUUCACUUGUGUAGUUUUAUAUAAAGGAUGUAUCAAUGUCAUAAUCUUGAAGUUUCAGAUACCAAACUCUGUGAACAUGGGUAUGAUUACGAUGUUUCUUGAGCAAUAAAGUGUUCUAGUUUUUGAGCAUCA